ACAAAUCUUAAAAAGCUUCAUGUUCUGUCCCAAAUGGCAGGAGCUACUGCAACUACAGCACCACUGAUCAAUUUCACGCGCCCUCUACCCUCCAAGCUUCACCACCUCUCAGCAAACAAUGUUCCUUGUCUUCGCCAACUUUUUCGUUCUGGAUUCUACUCCAACCAUCGUUCAAAUCACAUAAUCAGCAAUUGCCAUGGCAAGCUGAAUAGCUCAAGUGGGGGAGAACCAUAUGAGAUGGGUGAAGCCGUUUUUGAUGGUUAUGAUGAGGUUGAAGACGAAACUGAUGAGGAUGACACAGAGAGCAGUGUUGAUUUGUUGAUCAGAUUCUUGCAGAGCAUGUUUAAGAAGUUCUCUAAGAGAGCAAAGAAGGCCUCUCGCUCUGUUUUACCCACAGUAAUAUCACCCCAGCUUGUUUCUUUUGCUGUUGAUGGGACUCUGCUACUUGCUUCACUUUCUGUUGUCAAAGCACUUCUUGAGGUCAUCUGCACACUUGGAGGCACUGUGUUUGCUGCAAUUCUGAUCCUGCGUGUGAUUUGGGCGGCAGUUUCUUACUUUCAGUCAAGUGGUAAUAGCUUCAAUCAGGGGGGGAAUUCCUUUGGUGCUGUAGCCUAAACCUCUCUUCAAGUCUUAACAAAAGAUGGCCUAUGUAAGUUUAGUUUGAUGGUAGAUUGCAUAUGAAGUGGAAUUUUCUUCAGGUACAUAUUUAAUUUGAUUCUAUUGAUUAUAAAUGGUUUAUGUAUUUAUUCAGAUGAAUUUAGGCAUCCUUGGGGUAACCAAAUAUUUUUGCUACCCGGAAUGUUUAGAUGUAAUUAUUAUUUUUUUGGGCAAAUGAUGUAAUUCUAAUUUCUGUGAUAAGUGAUUAUUAAUUUGGCAGUUCAAUU